AUGUUCUGCGCAAUCUCUGGGGAAGCUCCCCAGGAGCCCGUCUUCUCCAAGAAGUCUGGCGCCGUCUACGAGAAGCGUCUCAUCGAACAAUACAUCGACCAACACGGCACGGAACCCGAGACGAACGAAGCCAUCACCGCCGAAGAUCUCAUCCCCCUCAAGACCUCCCGCGUCGUCCGCCCCCGACCCCCGACCUUGACCUCCAUCCCCGCCCUCCUCGCCACCUUCCAGAACGAAUGGGAUUCCGUGGCGCUAGGCACCCGCACGUUGAUGGAGGAGCUGGCGCGCACGCGGGAGGAGCUCUCGACGGCGCUGUAUCAGAACGACGCGGCGAAGCGCGUGAUCGCUAGGCUUACCAAGGAGCGGGACGAGGCGCGCGAUGCGCUUUCCAAGGUCACCGUCUCUGCGGGCGCAGGUGCCAAUGGUGAUGUUAUGGCGAUAGAUUCUGUGCAGGGUCUAUCAGAGGAGCUUGGUGCUAAGGUGGAUGAAAUCCAACAAAAACUAUCAAAGAGUCGAAAGAAGCGACCGAUUCCCGACGGGUGGGUGACCGCCGAGGAAGUCGCCGAAUUUACGACCGAAUCCUCGACAUCUCUCCCCUUCUCCCAAGUCUCCGCCCUCACGAUACAAGAGGAAGGAAGCUACGCGGCGAUUUCCUCCGCCCAGGGCGACACCGCCAUCUACUCGAUCGACGAGGGCAAGGUAGAGAGGCAGCUGGCCGUCAACGAACCCGUCACGGACGAGAUCUGGACGGGAACGAAGCUCAUCGUCUCCACGGCCAAGGGAUCCGUCAAGGUGUACGACAGCGGCCGCGAGGUUGCUUCUCUCACAGAGCAUGCUGGUCCAGCUACGGGGCUUGCGCUCCAUCCUUCUGGAGAGUUCGUAGCGUCCGUGGGCGCGGAUAAACUUAUCGUUUUCUAUGAUGUUCAAUCCUUGACGCCUGUUGGUCGCUGCUACACGGAUUCCGCCCUCACGACGUGUGCAUUCCACCCCGACGGCCACCUCUUCGCCGCCGGUACCACGUCCGGCGACAUCAAACUCUUCAUGACCAAAACCCUUGAACAAGCCGCCGUCUUCUCCCUCGGCGCCCCCGUGCAAGCCCUCGUCUUCUCCGAGAACGGCUUCUGGUUCGCCGCCACGGCCAAGGGCCAGACCACCGUCACCGUCUUCGACCUGCGCAAGGAAGGCGACGCCGCAAGGGCCAAGGUCCUCGAGAUCGGCGGGUCCGUGCAGUCGCUUAGUUGGGAUUACACGGGGCAGUUCCUGGCGACGGCGGGCGCUAGCGGCGUGACGGUGCAGCAGUAUACGAAGAGCUCGAAGGCGUGGUCGGAGCCGUUGAGGAGCUCUGUUGCGAGCUCGGGGAUUCGGUGGGGGGGUGAGGGGAAGAAGUUGGUGGUUGUUAAUGUGGAUGGGGUUGUUACUGUUCUUGCGGCGAAGGAGUGA